CGCGAACGCGUGCGUUUCUAUGCUCGUUUGUUUACUUCCCCGACUUUCAUUCAGCUCAGAAGGCCAUGGGUCUUUCAACUUUUCAAGUUCCUUAUUUUCAUGUUUAAAAAACUAAUUUUACAAUAAAAUUGUACCCCGUGAGUGUGCGAUCCGGAAUAUUCGUUGAAAUGGAAACCGAACCGAACAUCACUGCCAACGGCGAGGCGAACAACAACACCACCGACGUCGACCAAGACCAACCACCUCCAACCGAAGAGGAACAAGUGCCUUCGGAACCGAUCCCAACCGCCAAACAAGAAGACAAAUACUACCAGGAUGCGCGCAAGUACUGGUCCCGGAUUGCGCCGACCGUGGACGGGAUGCUCGGUGGCUUCGGCAGCAUUUCGUUCACCGACAUUCGCGGGUCGGAUCAAUUUCUGAAGAAUCUGUUCAAGAUGAAACCGGCGCCGGGCCGGGGACAGGCGUUGGACUGCGGUGCCGGAAUUGGACGGGUGAGCAAGGGGCUGCUGAUGUCCUGGUUCGACAGGGUGGAUUUGGCCGAGCAGGAUGGGGCGUUUUGCGAAACGGCGGGGAAGGAGCUUGAGGGGAGCGGGAAGUUGGGCACGAUCUACAACAAGGGCCUGCAGGAGUUUGUUCCGGAGGAGGGGAAGUACGAUCUGAUAUGGUCCCAGUGGGUGCUGGGUCACCUGACGGACGAGGACAUUGUGGAGUUUUUCUUUCGGUGCACGAAGGCGUUACGGCGGAAUGGGUUGAUGGUGAUCAAGGAGAACUUUACCAACGGAGAUAAGCCGGAGCUGGAUCGGUGCGAUUCGUCGGUGACGAGGCCGCUGGCGUUGAUGAAGCAGCUGCUGACGAAGGGGAAUUUGAGGGUGGUUAAGGAGCUGCGCCAGAAGGACUUUCCCAAGGGGCUGUAUCCGGUUUAUAUGAUUGCGCUGAAGCCGAUAAUAAAUGGCAGUUGAAAGG